UUCGCCUGUGGUAUUUGCAGUAAGACCUUGACCGAUAUUGGAUGUAACUUGAACCACUGUUCAACUGUUCGUUACGUUUGAGGUUAAGUUGAUUGUGUUUUCCAAGUGUUUUCGAACUGAAUUGUGUCUUUUUCUGAAUUCUUUAAGUAACUGAAAGGCCGUAACGAACAAUUUUUUGCUUUUGUUGUGUUUCGUAGUGAAAAUCCUCUUAAAAAAACAGUUCUUUUCAGAACUAACUUGUUUUCAUUUUGGGCCGUUUUUUGGCUUAAAUUUUCAACAAAUUCAAGAACUUGAUGAAAAAUGGCUUUUACAUUGGAACAUAAGACUUUUAUGAUUGAGUCUUACUUUCGAAAUGGUCAAAAAAUCGACGGACAAUGGCAAUAUUCAAUUCCUGACACGUGGACCGAAUUUAAAGAGCAAUUUCCAAACAAUAUUGUGGAUUAUGCUAAUUUUUGCAAUGCUUUAAAGCGUAGUGUGGGACAGUUCAGAGAAACUGGGUCUUUGCAAAGAAAACCAGGAACUGGCAGAACAAAAAACAAGAGAACUCCUGAAAAUAUUGAAAAUGUUCGAGCAAUCAUGGACGAAGUCCCAAUUACGUCUGUUCGUCAUUUGCAACAACAAGUGGACUUGUCGUAUGGCACUUGCCGAACAAUAUUGAAAAAAGACUUGGGAUUAUUUGCUUAUCGAUUACAAUGUGUGCAGGAAUUACAUCACGGGGAUUUUCCAAUCAGACGUGAAUACUGUGAGUGGUUUUUGAACACAUUUGAUGAUGAACUGCUAGAGAAGACAUUUUUUACGGAUGAAGCUUGGUUCCACUUGAGUGGUUAUGUCAAUUCCCAAAAUAUGCGAAUGUGGAACCAAGAGAAACCACCAUUCUAUGUUGAGGCCCCACUUCAUGCACAAAAAAUUGGUGUUUGGGCUGCAAUUAGCCGAAGACGCAUCAUAGGCCCAUUCUUUUUUAAUGGCAAUUUAACAGCCAUUCGAUAUUUGGAAGAAAUUUUGGGGCCAUUCAUAAGAGAACUCCAUGAUGAUGAAUUAGCUUUUGGUUUUUUCCAACAAGACGGUGCCACAGCACAUACUGCUCAAAUAACAAUAGCGACAUUACGAGAGUUUUUUGACCAAAGAGUUAUUGGUCGAAAUACUGAACAUAUCUGGCCUCCAAGAUCAUGUGAUCUUACACCUGCUGAUUUUUUUCUCUGGCCGCAUUUAAAGAACACAAUUUAUUGUACUCCUGUUAAUGAUUUGGAAGUUUUAGGGAACAGAAUAACCGAAAAAAUCAACGAAAUAAACAACAAUGAGGUUAUGUUGAACAAUGUCAUUGAUGCAGUUCGAAGAAGAGUUUUGCUGUGUUUACAAGAAAAUGGGGAACAUUUUCAGCAUUUAUUGUGAAUGGGGACUUUAAAUAAAGUGUUUAAUGCUCUAAUGGAAAUUAAUUGUGAAUUUAAGUGUAAUUUUUUUUUAUUAAAAAGUAAAUGAUGAAAAUUCAAAA